UCAAAACAAUUAGGUACAAUUUUCAACUUACCUCUUCAUUUUUAAAACAAUAAUAUUUUGAAUUAUGUCUUGAUCUGUAAUCAAUUACAUAAUCUCAACUUUUCCGUGGUAAUAAAAUAACAUUAGAUUUGAUUACUAAUAACCUAAAUAUGGAUAAAGCAUUUUGUGUUACUUGUAAAAAUAAAAACACUGUAAACCAAACAUAUAACCGCUUAGUAACAGAGAGUUGCGGUCACAUAAAGUGUAUGAAUUGUCUCCUGCUGGAGAAGUCUGGAUGUGUUGCAUGCGCAACUGUAAAUGAUAACAUAGAUGUUGUGGGUAAUCAAGAAAAAGAAUUAACUAACAAGAUCUGUUUAGAAGACAAAAGACAGCCAGAAUGUGAGGACUUAAGCAAGAAGAAGAAAUUGGAUACCUCCCAUAUAUUAAUAGAAACAGAUUCUAGGGGAGGACUGUAUUAUCAAUGCACUGUUUGUAAGAAAAAGUUCAAUUCUAAGACUCAUGUGGCCUACCAUGCAUAUUGUAAUGGACAGAAAAAACCGUUCCAUUGUAGUGAAUGUAAGAAGAGCUUUGCAACCCAAUCACACUACAAAUACCAUAUGAGGGUACAUCUAAAUGAGAAGAAGUAUUCAUGUGAUUUAUGUCAAAUGAGCUUUGUGCAGUUUUCUAAAUUGAAGAGACACAAACUGAAACAUACAAAGGAGAAAAAGUUUCAGUGUCAUCAGUGUGGAAAAGGUUUCAACAAUUCAAGUGCUCUCCGUAAACACGGUCUCACCCACACCCAGGAGAGGCCGUACACAUGUGACAUUUGUGGGCAGAAGUUGAGGGACAGCUCUAACUACAGGAAACAUUUGGAGAAGCACAAAGCUACCAGUUGGUCAUGCAGCGUAUGUCAUCACCAAUGUGAGACUCGAGGCGGCCUGGAGGAGCACACUCGCGUGCACACUGGCAAUACCAAAGCAAUACCCAUCAGUAAACGCAAAUAUCAGUGUCCGAGGUGUCCCCAUUCUUUCCACGCGAGGAUUGAUCUAAAGAGGCAUUUAGGUGUCCAUUCAGAUUCAAAACCGUUCCGCUGUAAAAUAUGCAACCGUAGAUUCAGACGAAAAGACAACAUAGAGAGACAUAUUCGUAACACGCACCAAAAUACGGAGCCCGCUGCGGCCAUGGACUGUGACGAAACUGCACUCGAGAGGAUAACGAAUGGACAAACAGCCACACAGGAACUAACAGGCAGAGCGUAUGAAAUAUGCGAGAAAACAAAGCUAGAAAUUUGCAAUCCUCUCCCGCCAUUAACCACAGAAGAUAUAGAGAAACACAUUGACGUAACUACAGAUAAAACAGAGGCCACAGAUGAAACAGUCCCAACAGACGUUACAGAUAAAACAGUAAUAGACAAACUGUCGAUUAUAGAAGCGAAUAAUGCGAGACAAAGUGUGAUCGUUGAGAAGCGUAACACAGAAAACGCUCAAGUCCCAAGUCCAGUUAAUGAGUAUGUACAUAAAAUAAGAAAGGCGGUAAUUUCAUUGCCUCCGAUCGAUCCGGUGAAAUUCCAGAGUGUUAAAAGAGGAUUUCUUCCGGACGCGUGUACUGUAGAGCCGAUCAAAAACGUUGAGUUAUACAAGAAGAUUCUUUGUGAGAAGGUCGAUAAGGAAACGAAUGAGGUUAUGCAGAGUCCAAAGAUGCAUUGGAGACGAAAGAUGGAACAGGAUACCAAUUGAAUUCGCAUAGCAAGAUGUCAAACAAUACACAGAUAGGCGUUUUUGAAGCCAAGCUAAAAUUUUUCGCCUUUAAACUUUUUAUAAAACCACUAAUAAGGUAUAAUCAAUAAUAUAUUAUGAAUCAGUCAAUUGUAUACCCUUUAUCAUAUAUAGCGUGAAAUUAUAAGGGCGACAUUAAAUGAAUACACGGAAAGAGGUACUUAACUGUAACCAUAAAAAAUAUAUGAAUUCUAGCUUAAAAAUUGAAUAAUUGAAAAAUACACAUAACUUCAUUUUUUGUAAAAUUGAAGUUGUGUAGGUAUCAACACUUAAAUCGUGCCUACUUGUUUCAAACUUGUUUUAAACAUUUUUGGUUCCUAAAUGUAUAAUUUAAUUCUUUGAAAAUUUCAAUUAUUCAAUCUUACAUCAUUUAUACGUCUAGAUAGUCUCUUGCUGUAAGACAACCGAUAAAAACAGGCCAGGAAUAAUAGUGUAGUGUGCGUGACAAGCUACGUGUUACACUCGUGAUUUGUAAUACACUUUGUGUUAGUGUGCGUGAAUUGCUCAAUAUAGAGGUAAGUUCUAAAGUCUAUAUUUUUUCGACGUUUAACUAACGAACUAUUUAACUAUAACUAAACUAACUAUUUAAUUGAAGGUUUAGAUUUUUUUUGUGUUUAUUUAAUGUGGCCAUUGAAGCACCGCGCUAUAUAAUUGAACAUUAUUCAAAAUGUACUCUUAGUGUAAGACAAUCAUUUCAUAACAGAUUAUUCGAAUGUAUGUAUGUAUGUAAAUAAUUGUAAAAGCAAUAAAGUGUCAAUAAUGUGCUUUGAAAGUUGUGACAGAUUUUAAGAUGCUUUUUAAGUCUACAUUUUAUAAUAUUACUAUAGAUGGCUACUUCUAUGUGUAUAUUAACCAUCUUUGAACGUGGUAAAGGUCUCAAAAAUGGUAAACUAGCAUCAUAAGAGUUUGAAUGUAUUGAAUACUUCAAAAUAUCUAUAAAAUUAUGACAUUCUUGUUAUAUUUGCGCAUAACGAUAUCUACAUACUUAGUUCUUCGGACGCGUCUCCCGGCGCGAGAGUUAUUCCAUCGAGCGCCUUGUCGUGUAGGGCACUACAGGGCGAGGGAGGUCGACCAAAUUUAGUCUGCUGUCCAAUGAACGUGUGUCCCAGACUGUCGGCCACCAGGAAAAGUGGCGAAUGCUUGUGGGGUGAAUAACAUCUGCCCCAAAAGAUAGCAUCGUAAUGACCACGACCGCUCUGCCAAGAGUGCCACGAAGACGAAGAUAUCUACAUAGACGACAUAGCUUCGUAGCGGGGAGGGAGGGGGGUCAUGCGAACCGUACAGCUGCAAUAGAGAAAAAUAACUUAAGUCAAAGCCCUGCCGAAACGCAGAACUAUUUUCUAUUUGCCGCGCAAUCUAGGAUACGCAUUUAAAAAAAAUGUUUAUUUAUUUUACUGGUAUUUUCGUUGUGUUAAUUUUAACCGUCAACUUCAAAUUAAUAGUAUUUUUUUGGCAUUUUUAAUGAAUUAUUUACAUUACAGUAUUGUAUUACGACUGCACUUUAUUAUAUAUUUAUAUAUAAAACCUAUUUUCCCCGUUAUAAUAGUCGUGCUGUAUAAAAGUUGGUUUGUGAUGUUUUGUAAUGUUUAUGUACCAUCUUAAAUUUUAAUGUCAUGUUAGUAUAUAUUAUGUCAGACAAACAGGGAUGGAAUUAUAGUACGACUAACUUGUAAGACGUCAAAAAUUGUUGCGAGCUUGGAGCUUGCUUUGCCGACACUACGACCGGACAUCUGACGGACGGACGUCUCCACACCGAAAAGUAAAUAAAUUCAAUAAAAAUAUUAUAUUCGAUGAAAAUAAUUUGAAAUUGACGAUAUUUUGUGCAUAACGUAAUAAAUAUUCAUUUGAUUUAAUUUAAAUCAACUUUUUUCAGCUAUAUUGGUUCAUGAUAGCAGCUAUCACGUAAAUAUAUUUGUAUGAUAAAUUUUGUAAUAGGAAGCUAUUUAUGUAACAAUGUAAAGGUAUUGAUUUUACCUUAGAUAUUACUAGUGUUUAUAUUUAUACCUUGAUAUAGUGUAGUUUAUAAUAAUGAUCUUCAUAUUGUUUAAAAUCUAUUAAUUGAAAGCGAACAUUUGCUUUUAAUUAUCUUUAUUUUAUCUGUCUCUGUUGGAAAGGUAAUAAUAAAAUUACUCUUUAUUUCGACUAUGGCGUUGAGACUAUGUUAUUGUUUUAUUCAUUGCGAAACAAUAUUAUGUAAUAUUUGUGUAAUUAUACAAAUUAAUUUUAACGAUGCGGGACUCGAAUCCGCGACCUCUCGCGUUCCGAGCGAGAGCUAUUCCAACUGAGCCAACCGUUCGAUUGACGUAUUGUUUAUUAAAUCUUGUAUGCUUUGUUCAACUCACAGGUUGUGGCUCCAUCUACAGGAUCUACUUUACAGCUGAUAACCUGCUCAACCCCAAUAAUUGCAUAUUAUUAGGAAAUGAGAUGUCGCUCUUUCAAAUCUAAACUUAUUUUUUCGAGUCCCGCAUCGUUCAUAAAUUCUGGUUACAAUUUGUAUAAUUAGUAAUAAAUUAUAUAAUUAUGUUUAUCUACACCCAUAAUAUGAAUCCUCUAUAAAAGAUUCUGAAACAGUUAGCUUACUGCUAACAUUAAAAAAGCCAGUCCUAGUAACCAUUACAUCAUCCAAAAGAGUGUUGUAAUUUUGUAUUGAAUUUCAUUAAAACACUCGUUUGGAUGAUGUUAUGGUUAUUAGGACAUUGGGUAAGUCUUGUAGGCAAUUACUGUUGAUAACUAGUACUGAUACUAUUAUCACCCACAUUCGUGUUUUAAUACCCCUUAUUACACAACAAUUAUUGCAUAAAUAACUAUUAAAUUGUGAAAUGCGGUGUAAAGGUGUCAAAGUUGACUGAUAAUAUGAUCUCUUGACAUUACAUUACAAUACUGAUCUCAUCUAUUAUUUUUUUUAAUUUAAACAAGAAAUAACAUGAAUAUAACGUUUUUAUAAUAUAUAUACGUUAUAUAGUUGAAUCAUCAAGGAUUCUCGAUGAUAUAAUUUUCUUAAAUACACUGAUUUAUUUGACAUUAUGAUGCAAACAUAUAUUAUUAGGCAUUGCAAUCAUUUUUAUAAUAUUAUGAGUUUUACAAAUGAUUUAAGUUUUCUUUAGUGUUUAUUCCGCCAAUAUUUGUUUUAAAACAAUUCGACACGUGUUUCGCUUCUACACGAGGCAUCCUCAGGACGUGUUGUCUCGCCAAAAUCUGGCACGAGACUGAGUCUCGUCUCGUCUCGAGUCGCGGCGAAACACGUGCUGAAUUGUUUAAAAACAAAUAUUGGCGGAAUUAACACUAAGGAAAACUUAAAUCAUUUGUAUAAUUAUGGAUUUCCGCAAAGUAACGCCUACUUCGAUAAAUUUUAUUAUGAGUUUUAACAUUACCAGUACUUAAAAUAUGCAGAUAAGUGGUACUCACAAAUCGAGGAAAGUGUUCCGCGCCACACACUGUCACAUCCAAACGUUGUAAAAAGGAUUGUGAAUAAGGCCUAUCGCAGAUGACACACUUUUUUGUGCUAUCGAGUCUACGGCACACAAAGAGUCUCCAUUGCGCGAUAAAUGUCUGUGACAGAUAUUACACAGACACAACGCACACGACGUACUCUUUCGAUCAUUUUGUCGGCAGAACUGUAGGGGUGUACACGACGCAAUGGAAGUACAGAGAUUGCGGUGUAUUAUUUCGUACUUGAGGUAUAAAAAAGAAGAAGAAAUAGAGAAUUUUGAUUUUAUCCUAUUCUUUCUGAAAGAUUAUUAAAGGGACUGUUUCAUAUUAAACAUUCAGUUCUAAAAAUAUAUCCAAAUAAAUUAGCUCGCUUCAUCCCACAAUUUUCUUUUUAAAUUUCUGUCAUGAUAUUCUGCCAAAGAUGUAUCAUAGAGUGCUGGUCUGUUUUCUAUUUCUUGUAUAUACAUCAAUGUCUGGCGCCACGAUACAAGUCAAUCACUAGUGCAGACUACAGUCUAAAGUGACUGCGGUAGCGUGUGUAGCCGCGAACGUUAUAUGUUUUUGGCGCCCUUUUUUUACGGCGCGAUGUUUCGCCGUCUGUCAGAUCUACGAGUAUAUUUUGUGUGUCAGACUUUUGCGCGUCGUAUGGGGUACUGCAUAUAAUAAUAUCGGUUUUAUUAUCGCAGACUAAAAAGUGCGUCACGGCUAGUCUGUCGUCUGCGAUAAGCCUAAACGUUACAGUCACUGUUAGAAUGCGUUCCAUUUGGAGUGCUUCCUAAUCAUGCGAUGCGUGUACUGCUAACAUAUCUGCUAGUUUUGAAAAUAAAAUAUCAUUGUAUAAGGCUGAGUUGCAUCACCUAACCUUAGCAAUCACAAACAUGUUUAAGUAACGGUUAAGUCAAAAAAUGUGUUGAACCAUUUGACAAUUUUUAGAUGACGCCAUAACGUUAACCGUAACCAGUAAAUAGCUAAAUUGCGACCUGUCAAAAGUUUCAAAUAAAUAUUCGAUAUUGACUUGAUAUUUUACUUGUUAACAUUAACUAUGCCAAGGAAUACGAGGGUGCAACACACAGCGUUACUGUUAACGUUAUAUUUUACUUAAACCUUAACUUUAACAGCUAAUAUGAUGCAACCUAGCCUAAGUAUUUUUUGAUUGCGAUUUCACGUGAACUAUCUCUUUUUCUAUCGGCAAUUUUUUUAUACCUAUGUGUAGGGUACCUCUUUGUAUAUACAAACUAUAUAAUAUUAAACAUGUUUCAUUUUGAUGGUACUCUUAAACAUUUACUAUAGUCCUUUUAGUUCAAAUCAGACAAAUGUCAACAAACUUAAUAUCAUAUUGUAGGUAUCAUAUCUAUAUGUGUCCAUUUAUCGUAUAGAUUGUACUACAGUAAUACCUCGCACUUAGCGACAGGUGGAAGUGAGCAAUAAUAUUUAUAUAUACAAAUUAAAUUUGAUUCGCAAUGGAGCUCAAAUAAAAUAAUUAUUUGGAAUAAUAAAUUUUUACACAAAUAAAAUUUGAAAACAAAAUUUAUGAACGAUGUGGGACUCGAACCCGUGACCUCUCGCGUUCCGUGUGAGCGCUCUUCCAACUGGGCCAAUAGUGCGAGUGGUGUAUCGUUGAUAAAUCUUGUAUGCUUUGUUCAACUCUCAGGUUCGAGCCCCGCAUCGUUCAUUAAUUUUGAUUUCAGUUUUAUUUGUGUAAUUUUAAUGUUACUGUAGAUACAAGUACCUACCUUAAUAAUAAGAAUAUAAUAAGUUGAAGUUGUGAUUUACUCUCGACAUGUCAAUUUUGUGGUUUUAAAAGUAAGUAAGCCACUGACCUGUAUACAUACCACUGGACAGGCUGUUCCAUAUGUUUUUGACACCAAAUUUUUUGUGCCUAUUUGAAGCGCCACUCGCGAGCGUCCACAGAACUAAUUUUGACGUAUAAUACAAAUGGCUGCGAAAGGAAUGUACAAUACUCUGAAGUAUUUUUGCAUUUUGAAUGAAUUUCGUUAGUUUUCCGUGUUAUUUAUGCUUCAAGAAUCAACGUAAUAAAUUACAAUUUUUUUUAUAAAUAGUUUCCCACCAUCUUUAGUUUGCUGAGGUUGUCAUCACUAGUUUUAGUACCGCAGACUUUCGCUACAUGGCCAACAGCGCCAAAAUGGCGAAUAUCAAACAGGCACAAAAGCACUUUGACAGCCGCCAGUCCAGUGGUUCAAAGUAGAGGUCAGAAGUAAGCCAAAGCUUACUGGGUGGGUGUUCACUACAAAUAUUGUAAUAGAAUAAUGGAACUAAAUUAUCUAACAGUAAUGCUAUGUAUUUGUUAAGGUUCUUAUUAAGGUAGGCAUUGCCUAAAUGCAGAGAAUGCACGCCCCUGUUUGUUCGCAGUAAAUUGUGAGGCUUCAGUCGGUUGUGAGGCUUAAACCAAAGUCAAUCUGGUAUUCUAGUAGUGUUUGUCGAGGUAUUACUGUACUUUCGUUACUAGCUUUUAUUCGACAUUAUAAUUUCAAUACUUAUUAUAGUCAAUUGAAAUAUACUAUCCUGAACGUAA